GAGACCGCGUUGGCAUGGGGCGACUCAGCGGAUGGUUUAACAGGAGUAGUUCACGUGUCAUUACCCCAAAGUCAAAACCUUUUCACUCCCCUUUAUUCUCUCUGGAUUGCUCCUCUCUCGUCGAGAUCAAUCAAUCGCACGAACCCAGGGGCUGAUCGAUCAGGAUGAAUGGCAGAGAAAUUCUUCACAAAAUGAAGCUGUUUCCCUUAUCCCUCUGAAGGAACGAAGAUCCGUUCCUCGUCUGGCUGGAGCCGAAGUUUGCUCCUUUUUGCCGUCAGCGAUUUCAUCGACGGAGUUUUUUAAAUGAGAAAUUCAUCGAUACGAUUAGUUGCAAAACUUGAAAACAAAAUGCUCGUCUUAGUGAACUGUGAUUCUGAGCACUGAUCGUUCAUGGGUGAAGGCGGGGUUUUGCGGAUCAGCCCCCGACAUGGGCAGAGGCAAGAGCAAGGUGUCGAAGAACAUAGUACAUGGGUUUCAUUGUGUAAAAGGGAAAUCCAGCCAUCCAAUGGAGGACUAUGUGGUAGCCGAGUUCAAGAAAGUCCAUGGGCAUGAAUUGGGCUUAUUCGCAAUCUUUGACGGUCACUUGGGACACGACGUCGCCAAGUACUUGCAGACCCAUCUCUUUGACAACAUCCUCAAAGAGAAGGAGUUUUGGACUGACACGGAGAAAGCCAUAAGGAACGCAUACAGAUCCACCGAUGCUGAGAUAUUACAGCAGUCGUUUCAGCUCGGAAAAGGCGGAUCAACGGCUGUGACGGGUAUUCUGAUUGACGGGCAAAAGCUAGUGGUAGCUAACGUUGGGGACUCGAGAGCCGUGAUUUCAAAGAGUGGUGGAGCGAAGCAGCUUUCGAUAGACCAUGAACCAAGCCGGGAGAAAAGGGAUAUAGAGAGCCGAGGUGGCUUUGUAUCAAACAUUCCAGGGGAUGUUCCACGUGUGGAUGGGCAGCUGGCGGUGGCGAGGGCAUUUGGGGACAAGAGCUUGAAGAUACAUCUGAGCUCGGAGCCAGACAUUGAGCACGAAACCAUUGACGAUGAGACGGAGUUCAUCAUUUUCGCAAGCGACGGCAUAUGGAAGGUAAUGUCGAACGAGGAAGCGGUGGAAGCCAUAAGGAGCAUAAAAGAUCCGCAGGCGGCAGCCAAACACUUGAUAGAGACAGCCAUCUCUAAGAAGAGCAAAGACGACAUCUCCUGCAUCGUUGUAAAGUUUCAGUGACCCAAUCUCUCUCUCUCUCUCUCUCUGUCUAAAGAAUAUUUUCCCGAAAGCUUCUGUCCAUAUGUAUAAAUAUAAUGACACGUGUUUACUGAGAGACAUACAAAAGGAGAGACAUAAAUGCCCCCAGGUUGUGGUGAGAUGUGUAUAUGAUGUGAUAACCAGUUUGCUCUUU